AAAAAGAGCUCCAACACGCAUUGCAAAUAGCGUGUCCACGUCUCAAAACCCCUCAAUCUCUCUCUCUCACUAGCUCUCAUCUAAAGCAAGCAGCGAGCACCCAGCUUCGAUCCCUCUCUCCGCUCCGUGCCUUCAUCAAUCCAAUUCACCCUCCAUGUCGGUAAAAACAGUGUCCGUCAGCAAUGUCUCCUUGAGUGCUUCCGAGCACGACAUCAAGGAGUUCUUUUCAUUCUCUGGUGAUAUUGAAUAUGUUGAUUUGCGAAGUGACACCGAGCGUUCUCAAGUUGCGUAUGUCACUUUUAAAGAUCCUCAGGGUGCAGAGACAGCGGUUCUUCUUUCGGGAGCAACAAUCGUUGAUCAAUCUGUCACUAUUGCUCUGGCACCCGAUUACAAGUUGCCACCUAGUGCUGCAGCAACCCCAAUUGCUGUAGAGGAUCAAAGUGUUGGUGGCACUCCCUCUGCUGUUCAAAAAGCAGAGGAUGUUGUGAGCGGCAUGCUGGCCAGGGGCUUCACCUUGGGAAAAGAUGCACUUAACAAAGCUAAAUCCUUUGAUGAGAAGCAUCAAUUUACAUCCACAGCGCAUCAAUUGACAUCCAGCGCUUCUGCCAGAGUUGCUUCCAUUGACCAAAAGAUAGGGCUUAGCGAAAAACUUACCACAGGGGCAACAAUGAUGAAUGAUAAAGUGAAAGAAAUGGAUCAGAAAUUUCAGGUUUCUGAGAAGACCAAGACAGCUUUUGCUGCUGCAGAGCAGACAGUUGGUACUGCAGGAUCUGCCAUAAUGAAGAAUCGCUAUGUGUUGACAGGAACUUCCUGGGUAGCUGGUGCUUUCAGUAGAGUAAGCAAAGCUGCAGCUGAAGUGGGGAAGAAGACAAAAGAAAAGAUGGCAGGAGAAGAACAGGGACGAGUGGCUACCGAUGGCAGUGGCCAAGUCCAUAGUCCCGACUUCCCUAAAGGUGCAUCCGGUGGGGAGGCUCCCUCAAAUCCUUAGCCGGCACAGGUUCUUAUCCUUUAAUAUAUGAAACGUAGCAUAGAUAACUUGCAGUGGUGGAUAUUAUGGUCCUGAUAUAGCAGCUACUUUCCGCUAGUAUGCCAGUAAUGUCUUUUAAAUAGAAUGUUUUAUAUUAACAUGCGCUAUGCUUGUUCAUUGAUUUAUUAAUAUGGUUUUAGAACACAAAUGACUGGUUUUAAAGCUUGAAAACAUCAAGCAAUUGUUGAA